AUGGCGACGUCAACAACACCUGUUCAAGAAUGGCUAGUUAUCUGUCCGGAUUUUGAGGGUGCGCUGCAGAGGCGAUUGAGCGUAAGACAACAACAUCUGGCGGGAUUGAAAGAGGAUCCGGAGUGGUUUUGGUUGUUUGGUGGCGCUAUGCUCGAAGAGCCGAUUAAGGAAGGCGAAGUUCCAAAAAUGGCAGGCUCAGCUAUGCUGAUUGGUGCAAAGACAAGGGAGGAGGUGGUAGAGAGGUUGCAGAAAGAUGUUUAUGUUACUGGAAAGGUGUGGGAUUGGGAGAAGGUAAAGAUUAUUCCUUUCAAGAGUGCGUUGCGGAAGCCUUUGUAA